AUGGGAGGCCUUUUCAUUCCCAAAAUGAAUGAUACUUAUUCGGAUGAUGGAUGGGCUCCAUUCAACAGGAAAGACGACACUUCAAAAUUAGGGGAAAUAGACGUUGCAUUUCUAGCAGUUUAUUCAUUAGGGAUGUAUGUUGUUGGUCAUUUAGGAGAUACUUUGGAUCUUCGAUUGUUCUUGACAACUGGGAUGAUCGGGAGUGGAAUCUUUGUGGCAUUAUUCGGGAUCGGUUACUUUUGGGAUGUUCAUCAUUUUUGGUAUUUUUUGGGGAUACAAAUGGUUGUUGGAUUGUUUCAGGCGACCGGAUGGCCAUCUGUGGUGGCAAUGAUCGGGAAUUGGUUUGUGGUUCUCUUCUUGCUGCCAGUGUUCUUGAUUACGGUUGGGGUGGUGCUUUAUUCUUCUGGCAGCUUUUAUCGUGGCAACCGGAGUCAUGGUGAUUUUGUUCUUGGUUGCUUAUCCAUAAGAUGUAGGCUUGCUGGAUCCAAAGCUUGUUUCAUCCCCGGAGUCAUUCUGUUUUCAUUAUGCUUUUUCUUCUCAAAACUUGUUGCAUACGCCUUUCUCUUUUGGUUUCAUUUCUAUCUAAUCCAAAGAGAGAUCGGUGGAGAGUGUUUAUCAGUAAAAUCGGCUAGAAACAUGUCGACUUUAUUCGAUGUCGAGGGAAUCUUCGGUGGAAUUUUAGUCGGAUAUAUUUAUGAUAGACUCAAGAACUUAUGGAAACAUCUCAAAGACCAUGAAGAUUAUCCUAAUGAUAACUGUGGGCCUUUUAUAAACGGUCCUUAUGCUCGAAUCAUCAUCACGGUUUCGACUGAUCUCGGGACACAUAGUUCUUUGAAAGGCAAUUCACAGGCCUUGGCAACCGUGGCCGUUAUUAUUGAUGGCACAAUUUCUUUCGAGGUGGAUUUGUAUCCUCUUUUGACUGGAUUUCUUUCUACCAAAAGGAUAGGAUGCAGUAUUCGUGAUGUUAAUGAUCGGUGCCUAAAAAAAAUCGGGUUCAGUGAAUUGUUAGGGUUGGGGUCGGGGAAGUCUGAAAGGGAUCAAGUUGUGGUCGAUAAACUAAUGAAUCUAGAGGACGAAGAUUUGCACGUGAUUGUUUCGACCAGAUCAUGGGUUGAAAUUGGAGGGAUGGUUGUUUGUAAUCAUUUUUGA